UUUACGCACAAACUCAGGUUGGUUUACUCAUUCCGUGCGCGUGUGCGUGCGUGAGACAGGACACAGUCACAUGGGGGGGAAUUUGGAGAGAGCGUGCACGCGCGUAAAUACCGAAACGCGGGGAGAUUAGUGGGCGCGCGGAGAGAAAAGAUGAAAGGUUUCUGUUGCUGGAGACCGGAAAGGUCGACGGCGCGUGAGCUCCGAGAAACGGAGACUGAGGGAAGAAGCGCGCAGAGGAUUUGUCAACAAAGAAGCUCCUCCUCUCCGUGACGCAGCCCACUACUCGGAACCUCCUUAAUUACUAAUUUCUCUACAUUCAAGCCGUGAUCGCUCCCUCCUCCCCCCUCUCUCUCCAUCCACGCUCCUCUCAUCCCGCUCCUCCUUUCUCUCGGUGUCUUUCGUUUCCAGCCCGGAUAACGGAGGCGGACGCGCUUGGAGUGACUGUAAAUACUAUUUUUUCCUUAUUAUUAUUUAUUCUCCGGGAUUCUUUUUCUUUUCUUUUCUUUUUUUUCUUCUGGCCACCGGGCAUGGAGGAUGUAAAAGACCCGCCGACCGUCCACCGGUCCUCCUCCUUCAGCAUCAAGAGCCUCCUGCUGCCCUCCAAGUGCGAACGCUCGGACUCGGUCGCCGCCGCCACAGUCGUCCCCGUGAACCUCUGUCCGUCCCCGGAAUCCGACUCCGACAAGUCGCUGCUGGAGCCGCCAGAGGUGGUGGACUCCGCCGCCGCUCUGGAGCCCGACAAAGUGAGUAAGGAGGAACAGGGGCUGGAAGAGGAGGAGGACGGAGGGGGAGGCGGCGGCGGAGGAGGAGACGACUCCAAGGCAGCAGCGGAGCAGAACAGCAACGGCAAAAACGGGAAGUACGACAAGCCGCCUUUCAGCUACAACGCCCUGAUCAUGAUGGCCAUCCGACAGAGCCCCGAGAAGCGGCUGACGCUCAACGGCAUCUACGAGUUCAUCAUGAAGAACUUCCCGUACUACCGGGAGCACAAGCAGGGCUGGCAGAACUCCAUCCGGCACAACCUCAGCCUCAAUAAGUGCUUCGUGAAGGUGCCCAGGCACUACGACGACCCCGGGAAGGGCAACUACUGGAUGCUGGACCCGAGCAGCGAUGACGUUUUCAUCGGAGGGACCACCGGGAAGCUCCGCCGGCGCUCCGCCACCUCCCGGGGGAAGCUGGCCAUGAAGCGCGGGCUGCGCUUCGCUCCGCUCGGGCUGGGGAUUAACGAGAGGGCGAGCAACCCGCUGUACUGGCAGAUCUCUCCGUUUCUCUCCCUCCAUCACCACCAUCACCACCACCCGCACUACAACGGCUCCUCACCGGGAUUCCUCAACCAGGCGGCUGGCUACGGCUCGCUGCUGCCCGCCGUGGAGCAGCUGAACAACGGGGAGCUGGGGCGCUCCAUCCUCGGCGGCUCCGCGGCGGGCGCGCUGGGUUUAACGAACACGUACGGCAUGAACACGUCCCCCGUCGGGCUGCUGUCCGGACAGACCGCCGGAUACUUCGUGUCGGGGAGCCAACACGCCGCCGCGGCGUCCGGGCCCCCCGGUGGGGGCCCCCCGCCUCCGCCUCACCCUCCGCCGCACCUCCAGCAGGGCGCGCCGGCGUUCGGCGGCCUGUCGAGCAGCGGCUCCCCGCAGAGCCUGCUGUCGGACUCCCUGAGGAACAGCUCCAUACCGGCCUUCUCCCCGGGCAUGUCCGCGGGCUUCCCCGGGGUGCUGUCCCACCAAAAGAGGGUAACUCCUAACGCCUUCCUGAACUGAGGACGCACGAGGAGGGACGUCACGCAAAAGGGAGAGAACGUUUGGGGGGGAGGGGGGGGGGGUAGUUUACCGACUGCAAAAAUAUAUUUGCAGGUUUUUUGGCCAUAUUCAGCCCGGAAGUGACGCGGGUUUAUCUGGAUUAUUUUUCUGCGCUUUGGACUAAAAAAAGGAGAAAUGUUUUGUUACCGCGGGUUGUACAACUGUAAACUAGACUUGCCAAAGGUAACACUAUAAGUAUAUUUCAAGCUAUUUAUAUCUUGUACAAAGAUUUUCAGGACUUUCUUCUAGUUGUUUAUUUAUGUUUUGUAUUUAUUGUAUUUAAUUUUGGCUCAGUGUAUUCUCUCAGUAUUAAGUCGAUUAAUAAGACAAUCACAGGGUUAAUAAUUAUUAUUUAUGAAUUUUGACUCAAUCAAAAGGAGAAAAGACAAUCAGAAAAAAAAUGUUUUAUUUUAUUUGAGAGGGAAAAACUUCUGGAAAAAAGUUUGUGAGUAGAGAAAUAAUUAAAUGACGCCUUAAAAGCAGCAGGAAGAGAAUAAAUCAGGGUUUUUACAGGAAAAAGAAGCCUACAAUUCAUAUCUUACUCAGGUUCAACCCCGAACAGGCCUAACGAGAAGAAAAAUGAUUAUUAUUGUGACAAUCAAAGUCUUUCCUGUGAAGAGUUUCCUUCCAAAAUGACAAUAUCCAAACAAGCCCCAAUCAUUAACGGAUAUUCAUCUCUUUUUGGAAAAGAACUCUUCCCGUGAAUUUAUGCAAAUCCGUGAACUCUUUCUGUUCCCUGACCUUAUUUGUAGUUGUGAGCGUGCGCGUGGUCAGGCCUGUAUGUGGGGAAAACCCUCCUGCGCAUGUGCGCACACGCACCUACCACACAGUCGGGUUCAAAGAUGACACCUUUACUGCGGUUCUGACCCGCUCAUCCGCUUCGGAAACCCGGAGAGGUGUCGGGUCGGCGCCCCCCUCCCCCACGCAACACACUCGUACGUGCGCACGUGCAUGCAGUACCUUCAAACAAGCGACCCCUCGCAUCUUUCUGCUUUUGAUUUAAAACAUUUUUAUAAAACCGCAUUUUGCGCACUUUUUUCAGCCACAACAAACGCAAAAGUGAAGCCGCCGCAGAUUUCUGAUCAUCACUCAAACUGCACGACAAUCAAAAACCCGGAAGAGUGUGGAAUCUGCUGCAUAUGCAGACAUCAACAUUUUAUUUUGGCAUUAUUACAUUAUUUAUGCGACAGAAAUGCGACAAACUUCAUGUUUAUUAAAAAAAAUCGCAACAGACUGGAAGUGAUGAAAACCCAAGUUUGUCUAAAAUAAAUAAAUAAAAACUUUCAAAAUAAAACACAUUUCAUUCAACUUAAUUUCUUUUUUUUAAUAAAAAAAACCCCAUAGUCUUGUUUUUCGUUGUGCCUAAAGCUCAAAGCAGAAAAAAUAACAAACAAAUAGAAAAAAUAAUAAUAUAGACUUUAAAAAGCAUGAAUUUGAUGUCAUAAACAGUUGUUGUGACACUCCAAAUUGUCUGGAAUUUGGAAAUAAAAUAUAAUUUUUGAUUAAGGAUACCAACUAAAGUUUAACCUAUAGAUAAUGCUGUAAAACCACAUUAAUAGUCAUUUGAAAAACAAUUUUCUUUAUCAACUUUUGUAUUAACUCAAAGUUUUCCAAACAACUUGUGGGUCUAAAAGAGGUGAAACUAAAGUUGGAAACAUUUUUUUUUUCUGGACAAAAUUAAAAAAAGUGAAAAAUACAUUUACUGAAAUGUUCCACUUGAAUCUUUGAAGCGCUGAAGUAUGGAUCGGUGGGUAUUGAUCUCAGGUCAGCACAGUUCCAAUGGGCUGACGGCCUCUGCUGCUGCAGACUUUGCAAAUUAAAGCUUUACAGGCAAAACACCACGGAGAUAACACCUAAAUACAACAAAAAACAUUUCUGAUGGGAAAUCCUUCCAGUGGGGGUAGUUUAUUUUUCUCACUGGAAUGAAAGGCUUCAGGCCUUUUACUGCAGUUUGGAUUCAGUGUUUUCUGGAUUGGAGGUUUUUCAAAAUAAAGUCAAAGUGGAAGCUGC